GAUAUCCUGGACUGGAAUUCUCAAAAUCUUGUUGCUGUAGCCCUCGGAUCCUCUGUAUACAUCGGGAACAGACAAAACCACAGUGGGAUUGAAAAAUAAUAGACUUAACCCUCUUCUGUAAUUCUGCAUCGUCUGUGUCAUGGAUCAGAGAGGGAUCGUGCUGGCUGUUGGUACCAGCGAGGGAGAAGUGCAGGCCAUGGAGUGGUGUCCCUGGCGAUCUGAGGUCCUUGCCAUUGGAGGAGGAAUGAAGGAUGGACGACUACAUGUUUUGGAUGUAAAUACUGGGAAGAGCAUUCAGGCUCCAAGCACACACUCACAGGCAAAUUUUCUCCUCAUCUCGCUACCUAAGAUAAAGGAGACUGCAACAGGCCAAGGUGCUCCGGAGAGUGCUGUGGCUCUGUGGGCCUGCCCCACGCUGUUGGGUGAGUUCUUUGGUCACAGAGGCAGGGUGCUGCACCUGGCCCCGAGUCCAGACGAGACCCUGACGCAUGGGACAGCUUGUGUGUGGAAGAGCCACCGGUCACCCAGCCAGUUGUAGCCGAGAACAGUGCGGCAGGCUUUCCUUCUCCCUUAGGUCAUGGGGAUCGGAAGUUGUGAUGCUCAGCUCUUCCUCGCCGGAUUCUUCUCAGACUGGCCUCUCUGUACUUCUUCCCACCCGCAGCCCAGAGAUGGUCCAACUUUCUUCUGUCUCCCUCUCCCUCUCUUGUAGAUGUAACCAACUGUCUUAUUAAAUAAGAAACACAGAGCCGAUUCAGAGAAGAAAGCCAAGAGGUCAGAGCUCAGAGCCUCGCCCUUCCUGCUUCAGCGAUCCUCU